UGUUUGAACAACAACAGCAGCAACAUAGAAUUGGGAACUCUAAUGUGUGUAAGCUCAUAGACAAUUACCUAGCUGAACUUGCAAGUGAUCCAAAUCUCUCCAUCGCUAAGUUUCAAACUUUAGCCAACUCACUGUCAGAAAAUGCAAGGCAUUGUCAUGAUGGAUUAUACAGAGCCAUUGACACCUACAUCAAGACUCAUCCUUUACUAUUUGAGCACGAUCGGAGAAAGCUAUGCAAAAUCAUGAACUGUGAGAAACUGUCGCUUGAUGCUUGUGUGCAUGCUGCACAAAAUGAUCGACUGCCUCUAAGAACUAUAGUUCAGGUUCUUUUCUCAGAGCAAGUGAAGAUGAGGUCAGCAAUGCAAGAAAAGGAGAAAGCACCUAAUAGUGAUAACUCAGAUCAAGAUGAAAACCACUUAUCAACAGACAGAGAGAUUAAAAACCUCAAGGCAGAACUCGAGAGCGUGAAGGCACAGAUGGCAGAGCUGCAAAGUGACUACUCAGAGCUGCAACAAGAGUAUGAAAAACUAAACAACAAACAGAAAAAUGUAACAGGUUGGGGAUUUGGUUGGAAGAAGAUAAAGAAUUCCUUCCACACAAGAGUUGAUGGAGAUGAACCUGCCCAUCGGAGAUCCAGCCAGACUAGUUCUCGAAUGAGCUUAAGACGAAGAUUAUCACUGACCUGAAGAUCAGAUUCCUCAAAAGAUAAAUGGUUCAAAGAAGUUGCUAUUCUACUUCACUUGUGCAUGAUUGUCCUGUGGCUGUAUAGAGAUACAACUCCAGGUCUUUUAUAUUGUUUACCUAGCAGAAUGCAGACAAUAUAUCCUUUCUUUUCCAUAAGAACAUCUUUCACCAAGAACAAGAACAAUAUAGAAUAUGGAUUUUUUGUAUCUUUCUCUUUCCAAUAGCUACAAAGACUACAGAAAAAAUAGUUCUACGUAAUGAGCUUUUUCAUACAGCAUGUAAUGGCAUUUGUCAAGUCAUUAUAACCACAAUAUUGCUAUCGAA